CCUCCCCGAAAGUUCCGGCUGCCAAGAUUGCAGGUUCCCACCAAGCAUUGUUUCCGAACUGGGCCACAAGAGCGUGUUCCUGAUUGGCUUGUUCUGGAGGUUGGGAAGGGACCUGUUAGAGACUGGGACCACUUCCUGAAGCGCGAGGCAGGAAGUUAUAUGCGUUUUCUAGUGUCCUGUAGAGAAAGUGCUAUGUGCCGCAUUGGUAUCGGCGAGAGCUGGAGGUGUUGGGUCGGGAGACCGGCCGUUCCGUCCCGCCUCAGGUAGGAGCUGGUUUCCAUCGCAGCACCACGGCACACACCUCCAGCCCCGAGCCCGGAGCGACUGCCCCGGGGCCUCCUUCAGGCUUCUUGACGCCGUUCCAGGGGACACCUAGCCAGGCAUCCUAUGGGCUUCUAGCCAGAGGACUGGCUCCCGGCUUCAGCACUCCGGGCUGCAGUAAGAAGUGCCCUUAUCGCUCUGAGCCCUGCCACCAUCCCGUGAACCACCGAAACCCUGGUCCAGCGCGACAGCUUUGGACCUGGGACUGGACGGAUCCAAAACGCUCAGCCCUGGCCCCCCACAGACGGGGCUCUGCAUCGUCUCUGAUAUGUCACCCACCAUCUCCCACAAGGACAGCAGCCGGCAACGGCGGCCAGGGAAUUUCAGUCACUCUUUGGAUAUGAAGAGGGGUCCCCUGCCCCCGGGCGGUUGGGAUGACAGUCAUUUGGACUCAGCGGGCCAAGAAGGGGACAGAGAAGCUCUUCUGGGGGAUACCGGCACUGGCGACUUCUUAAAAGCCCCACGGAGCUUCCGGGCGGAACUAAGCAGCAUUUUGCUGCUACUCUUUCUUUACGUGCUUCAGGGUAUUCCCUUGGGCUUGGCGGGGAGCAUCCCACUCAUUUUGCAAAGCAAAAAUGUUAGCUAUACAGACCAAGCUUUCUUCAGUUUUGUCUUUUGGCCCUUCAGUCUCAAAUUACUCUGGGCCCCGUUGGUUGAUGCUGUCUACGUUAAGAACUUCGGUCGUCGCAAAUCUUGGCUGGUCCCAACACAGUAUAUACUAGGACUCUUCAUGAUAUAUUUAUCCACUCAGGUGGACCGUUUGCUCGGGAAUACCGAAGGCAGGACCCCCGACGUGAUUGCGCUCACUGUGGCAUUCUUUUUGUUUGAAUUCUUGGCCGCCACUCAGGACAUUGCUGUCGAUGGUUGGGCGUUAACUAUGUUAUCCAGGGAAAAUGUGGGUUAUGCUUCUACUUGCAAUUCGGUGGGCCAAACAGCGGGUUACUUUUUGGGCAAUGUUUUGUUUUUGGCCCUUGAAUCUGCCGACUUUUGUAACAAAUAUUUGCGGUUUCAGCCUCAACCCAGAGGAAUCGUUACUCUUGCAGAUUUCCUUUUUUUCUGGGGAACUGUAUUUUUAAUAACAACAACACUGGUUGCCCUUCUGAAAAAAGAAAACAAAGAAGUAUCAGUAGUAAAAGAAGAAACACAAGGAAUCACAGAUACUUACAAGCUGCUUUUUGCAAUUAUAAAAAUGCCAGCAGUUCUGACAUUUUGCCUUCUGAUUCUAACUGCAAAGAUUGGUUUUUCAGCAGCAGAUGCUGUAACAGGACUGAAAUUGGUAGAAGAGGGAGUACCCAAAGAACAUUUAGCCUUAUUGGCAGUUCCAAUGGUUCCUUUGCAGAUAAUACUGCCUCUGAUUAUCAGCAAAUACACUGCAGGUCCCCAGCCAUUAAACACAUUUUACAAAGCCAUGCCCUACAGAUUAUUGCUUGGGUUAGAAUAUGCCCUACUGGUUUGGUGGACUCCUAAAGUAGAACAUCAAGGGGGAUUCCCUAUAUAUUACUAUAUCAUAGUCCUGCUGAGUUAUGCUUUACAUCAGGUAAGCUUGUGGUUUUCUCAGGAAAUAAACUGUUCUGACAGCUUUAUACAGUUGCCUUAACAUAAUGAUAAUAAAUUUUAAGAUUUAAGCAUGAAUCUGACACUGAAGAAAUUAUUGAUGGUGGGCUUUAAACCCU